UUUGGGAAAAUUGUCUAUGCGUUGAAGACUCGAAGUAACUAACAAAAAGGUUAAACAAAGGAUAAAAUUGUCCAAUAAUGGUGAAAAUCGGGUGCGCGCAGCAGGGGCGGGUUGAAAAAUAGGCCGCACAGCAAAAAAGUCGUUGCCGUUCUAAAGUCGAUCCAGUCUUUAGUUGAUACAACCCUAAAUACUUCGUCGUUGCCGUUCUGCAAUUAUCAGCAGCGAAGUGCCGAAGGGCUUUCAUCGGUUCAGUAGCGAAAUCUCCAGAUGGAUAUUGAAGAGGAUAUCAAGGCUCUCCAGCUCGAUUCAUUUGAAGAGAGUCAUAUAGCCAGUGCAGAUGAAGCAAAACCUGAUGAAGUUCCAAAGUCUGAUGACACAUGCAAAACAGAAGUUGAAAUAAAGCCACAAGAGAACUCUGUUCCGAAGCAUAUUGAGCCCGAAGGCAGUCAAGGCACUACAGAAGAAAAAGAAAAGAAAACACCAUCUCAAGAUGAUGAAGCAGAAAUCCACAAAAAACGACAUUUGAAUGUUGUAUUCAUAGGGCAUGUGGAUGCUGGAAAAUCAACUAUUGGAGGACAGAUAUUGUUCCUUAGUGGACAAGUAGAUGAUCGUACAAUCCAGAAGUAUGAGAAAGAAGCAAAGGACAAAAGUAGAGAGAGCUGGUAUAUGGCAUAUAUUAUGGACACAAAUGAAGAAGAGAGGGAUAAGUUAUUGCAAUUUGAUAAACAGGGGAUUACUGUUGAAGUUGGAAGAGCGCAUUUUGAAACAGAAACUACAAGAUUCACUAUUUUGGAUGCUCCGGGGCACAAGAGCUAUGUACCCAAUAUGAUUAGUGGAGCUUCCCAAGCUGAUAUAGGUGUACUGGUGAUAUCUGCUAGGAAGGGUGAGUUCGAAACUGGAUAUGAAAGAGGAGGACAAACACGUGAACAUGUUCAACUUGCAAAGACUCUUGGUGUCACAAAGCUCCUCAUUGUUGUGAAUAAAAUGGAUGAGCCUACUGUCAACUGGUCAAAAGAAAGGUAUGAUGAAAUCGAGGGGAAAAUGGUACCGUUUUUGAAGUCUUCUGGGUAUAAUGUGAAGAAAGAUGUUCAAUUUCUUCCCAUAUCUGGGAUUUUGGGUUUAAAUUUGAAAACACGUCUAGAUAAAACUACUUGUCCAUGGUGGAACGGCCCAUGCCUAUUUGAAGCUCUUGAUGCAGUUGAAGUUCCACCUCGUGAUCCUAAAGGUCCUUUCAGAAUGCCAAUUAUUGACAAGUUUAAAGAUAUGGGAACAGUUGUUAUGGGGAAAGUUGAAUCUGGGAGUGUACGUGAGGGUGACAGUUUGUUGGUGAUGCCCAAUAAGGCAGCUGUUAAAGUUCUAGCUGUAUUCAUUGAUGAAGAUAAGGUCAGACGAGCAGGGCCUGGAGAAAACUUACGAGUCAGAGUAUCUGGGAUUGAGGAAGAGGACAUCUUGUCAGGCUUUGUUUUAUGCAGUGUUGUAAAGCCAGUACCUGCCGUUACCGAGUUUGUUGCACAGCUGUCAAUCCUGGAGUUACUAGAUAAUGCAAUUUUUACUGCUGGUUACAAGGCCGUGUUGCACAUUCACUCAGUGGUUGAGGAAUGUGAAAUAGUAGAACUGAUGCAGCAAAUUGAUCCAAAAACAAGGAAACCUAUGAAAAAGAAACCACUCUAUGUUAAGAAUGGUGCUUUUGUUGUGUGUCGUGUUCAGGUGAAUAAUCUCAUUUGCAUUGAGAAAUUCUCUGAUUUUCCCCAACUUGGAAGAUUCACUCUUCGAACAGAGGGGAAAACGGUUGCUGUUGGUAAAGUGACUGAUCUUCUACCAUAGGCGAAAGUGCUUAAAAUUUCUUGGGAUUUCAUCAUGUAUUGCUUAUCCCCCAUGCAGGCAUGUGUUUACCCCAUUGCGCAAGAGUAAGUUUCAUGAUUUCGAUGUGUGCCAUAAAGGAUAUUACACACGCGAGUUUUCUGAAGUCGCAUAAUGUGAUUGUUUGAUUUCAAGAUAGAGAGCUGUAGAUUCAACCCUUAGUAGAUUCAGGGUUUAAGGGGUUUCGACCUUUGUUGUGGAUUGCUGAACAAGUUGGAUAAUUGUGUUGCUAAACUUAUACAAGAUUACAAGUGCCUUAACAUGGCAAUUGUUCUGUGCUUUUGUUGUUGACCUUUUACCUACAUAUGGUAUGUUUUUAUUUUGUUGUGCUUCGUUCCAUACUUCCAUGUACUUAUGAGUGAUUCUCUAUAAAAGAUUUCCAAGCUUUUUGUGGAGAGAAAA